AUGGGCGUAAGUGGUUGUAUGAGCGUGCGGCAGGCCCGGGGUUCCUGCCACUGUCCCGCGUGCCCUAGGUCUUCGGGUCACGGCGCUCCGAUGCCGCCCCAAACGCUCGUUCUGCCCCCAAUGGCUUUAGAACCUGAAACCACACCUGUAAAGGAUAAAAAGGGUUCCAAGAUGAAAGUAUUGAAGAAAAUAAAGAAAAAAAUUGGCUUGGAUCGUAAUAUAGACUGGACCCCUUUUAUGUAG